UGAGAUAAUAGAUUUUUCUGUAUAUAAAAGGCAAUUUGAUUGAAAAAAUAUUAUUCACUUCAAAUAGUUGAAAGUUGCAACAUGAAAUUCUUCACUACUUUGUUUGUCGCCCUUGUGGCAGUACAUGCCAGUACUCAAUCUCCUAUUGAGGAAACCAUGACCCCCUCAAAACUCGUCGCCGACAUCGUCGACUUUGUCGUCGCUGAAACCUCACUACUUCUUGUGCAACCUUUGACCAUCUGGGCUAAAGAACUAGACUCCAAAAAGGACAACUACGAAAAAGUCAUCGUAAAUCAAUUAACCGAAGUUACAACUAAAAUCAACGAAGUAGCCAUUUCUUUGUUGAAAGCUGCAAGUGUAGACGCCAGCGACAAUGGCAAAACCUUCAUCAAUUGCCUUUCAGGCGAACAAGCUGGAGUUAACGCCCUCAUUGGCGCGAUGAACCAACAAAUGGUCGACUGUGCAUUCGUAAACUACGAGAACGCCACCGUUUUGGUCAAGACCGUUCUGUAUCAGACGGGUGUAGCUCUAGAUAACCUCCUUGUUCUGAGUUCUACAUUGGCCAACUGCACCAAAGGAGACUAUUUGUGUUUGGCCUUUUUCUCCCAAGAUGUUAUACUACAAUUCCAAUUUUCUGUACUCACCGCCAUUGCCGAUCUUGGUGCAGUGAGAGAUUUACUUUACAGCGUUGUAGAAAGCACACAAAAUUGUCCACUCACUGAAGAUGUUAAAGAACAUGUUGUAGACGUUCUUAAUAACAUUGCAACAUGUGUUCACAACAAACAUUAAUUAUUUUAACUAAAUAAACAUUGAAUGCCAUGAUAACAUAACAAAUAAACAUUGCUCAUUAAUUGCUAAAUUGUUGUUUUAAUAAAACUAUUUAAGGAAUAUGAGUAAAUGUUUUCGUAAAUCAAUCAUACCAAUAUUGUUUUUGUAGUUAAAAUUUUGCACUCUUUGUAUUUAUUUUUGAAGAGCACAGUUUUCCUAUAACGAAAAUAUAUA